AUGGAUGUCCGCAUCCUGCUGGGAAUAUCACCACCGACGCCAUGCUGGCUGGAGAAGGACAGCCCCGGCAAGGCUGACCGCGUCGCCGCCGGGCUCGAGACCGAUCCCAAGCUGGCCGCCGAACCGGCCGACUCCGAGGCGGCGGCGGCGGACGAGGUCGAACAGACAGAGGAGCGGCUUGGGACGGGACUGGAGGAAGUCGAACCGGCGGUGCAGGAGGAGCCAGGACUGGAGCUGGAGAAGGUCGGGCCGGUGACGGAGCAACGGCCGGCCUCGCACAUCGUCCUGCAGGUGGAGCGCAACGCGUCGGAGCCGACGCCGACCGCGGCCGGCGAGCACCAUCUGAUCGUGAGCGUGGACGACGGGUCGGACGCGGUGACGCUGCUGGUGGACCGCCUGGAGGAGGACGGCGUGUACGAGCUGGCGGGGCCGGCGGCGUCCGACUGCGAGCUGCUCGAGCUGUGGGCGUGCGGCACCGACGGCGGCGAGCAGCGGCCGCUGGAGACGGUGCGCGAGGUGGACCUGGUCGACAUCCGCGCCGUCUGUGAGACGUGCGGCUGUGCCAUCAGCCACUACAUGGUGGGCCUGCUGGCGCGCGAGGACGGCUCCGAGUACGGCUACCGCUGCCGCAUGUGCCAGAGUGUGUUCCGCGACGUGGACGACAUGGCCUGUCACAUGGACUCGCACCGCUCGCCGGCCGACACGCGGUGUCGUUUCUGCUCGUGCGGCCUGCAGAGCCUCCGCCAGGCGGCCAACGCCCGGACGUGGGUGUGCCACGCGUGCAAGCUCACCUUCGGCACGCGCCAGGAGAUGCUGAAGCACCGCGAGCAGCACCCGCUCAAAGAGCGCUUCCCGUGCGAACUCUGCGACAAGGCGUUCCAGAUGAAGGUCCAGCUGGAGGUGCACAUGCGCUCGCAUCUGGGCCACAAGCCCUACUCCUGCGACAUGUGCCCGGCCACCUUCGUGCAGCCGAGCCACCUCAUCAACCAUCGGCGCACGCACACCGGCGAGCGGCCGUUCUCGUGCGAGCAGUGCGGCCGCGCGUUCGUGCAGCAGGGCCACCUGAAGGCCCACCUGCGCACGCACACGGGCGAGCGGCCGUACAGGUGUGACGUGUGCGACCGCGCCUUCCGCCAGUCGGGCCAGCUGACGGCGCACCGUCGGCUGCACGAGAGCGGCACCGUCUACCGCGUGCGUCGGCAGCACGGCGAGCCGAUCGACCCGCAGGAACUCACCUGCAGGGAGUGCGACAAGCGCUUCAAGGCCAUCAAGGACCUGCGCCGGCACAUGCUGGUGCACAGCGGCGGCACGCACGAGUGCGCCAUCUGCCGGCGCUUCUUCAAACGUUCAGACCACCUCAAGCGGCACAUGCGCCAGCACGACAAGCCGGCGCGGCCGGCCCGACCGCGCGGCCGUCGGCGCAAGGCGAGCGCGGAGCGCGGGCCGACGGGCGCCGACCCCCGUGGCCUCGCGCUGCUCGACAACAUCAUCGACGGCGUGCUGGAGACGCAGCGUGCCCCGAGCGAGGAGGACGACGGCGACCUGCGCGGCUGUAGUCGGCGACCGGUCAAGGAAGAGGACAGCGAGGAGGAGGAGGAGGAGGAGGAACGGUCCCUGAAGCUGGAGAUGGACAGCAUGACGUGGGCGGGGGACGACAGUGCGGGCCGGGCGACCAAGGCCGAAGAGCCGGGCGACCACGAGCCGGUGGCGGCCGACGGAUCCGACCUCAUCUGGGUGACGUUGGACGAGGACGAGGCUGAGGAGUCACCAGCGCCCAGGGCGCAGCGGAGGCGCCGGGCGCCGGCCGGUCCGGCUCCGGGGCUACGCGCCUCCCGACGCCGCACCGCCGGCAACCGGGCGGCUGAUGUGGGCGUCAGUCUGAGCAGGAGCCGCAGAGGCCGCGCGCCCAAGCGGUGA